AUAUGCUUGAAAAGUGUGCAUGAUAUUUUGAGCCUAUACUAGUGAACAAUGACUUCUCAGCUUCUUUUCCAUCUAAAUCGCAUGCCUCUUUGUUCUGAUGUUACCCCACCGCCACCACCCAAAUAUACUUUUGCUUUCAAGUUUCACCUUCAAUGUUCUCGGGUUUCUUUGUGGGGUACACGUUCGCACCGAAUUAAUGAAGUCGAACAUGCCAAGAAAUGUGCUGGAUUUCGUCCAAUAUAUGGAAAAUCCUCUCCAACUCUUGAUUUAAAGGAGGUGGAAACAAAGGAGAUAAGAGAGAAGAUAAAAGUGGUGAAAUGUAUGUUGGGGUCAAUGGAAGAUGGAGAAGCAAGCGUGUCAGCAUAUGACACUGCAUGGGUUGGUCUGGUGAAAGAUGUUAAUGGCGGAAAUGCCCCUCAGUUCCCUUCGUGUCUUGAAUGGAUAGCCAACAAUCAGCUUCCAGAUGGUUCUUGGGGUGAUGCUAAUUACUUUUCACCCCGUGACCGUCUUCUUAAUACCCUCGCCUGUGUUAUUGCAUUCACUAAAUGGAAUUUGCACCCCGAAAUGUGUCACAAGGGGCUCACAUUCUUUAAGGAAAAUCUAAGCAAGAUUCAAGAUGAGAGUGCCGCAGAAGAUCUAGUUGGUUUUGAAUUUACUUUACCUUCUCUUCUUGACUUGGCUCGAAGUAUGAAUAUUGAAGUGCCAGAUGAUUCUCCUAUCUUGAAAGAAUUAUCAGCUAUGAGAGAUCUCAAGCUCAAAAGAAUACCAAUAGAGAUUAUGCAUAAGGUGCCUACAUCAGUACUCUAUAGUUUGGAGGGAAUAAUGGUAAAUUUGGAGUGGAAACAACUUUUGAAGUUGCAGUCAAAAGAUGGUUCAUUCUUAUUCUCUCCAGCGUCCACAGCCUAUGCUUACAUGCAGACCAAAGAUAAAAAUGCUCUCAAGUAUCUCCACAACACUGUUAACGUUUGUAAUGGUGCAGUGGCGGAGACAGAGGGAGCAACUCUGUUUGAGGCAAUGAAACACGAUACAGGCGACUUGACGCAGACUUUGGAGAAGAAUGAAGAUGGGCAGCGCUGGCAGAGGCGGAAUUGGAUAGUUGGUCGUUUGGAACGUCUUGGCAUUUCAAGAUAUUUUGAGCCGGAGAUUAAUGAUUUUAUGAUGUAUAUCUCAAGAUAUUGGACCGACAAGGGUCUUGGUUGGACAAGAGAUUCGGGGGUUCCAGAUAUUGACGAUUCAGUAAUGGCAUUUAGGUUACUAAGGUUACAUGGUCACCAAGUUUUACCCGAUGCACUGAAGCAUUUUGAGAAAAAUGGUGAGUUCUUUUGCUUUGCCGGAGAAACAAGUCCGUCAAUGUCAGCAACAUACAAUCUUUAUAGAGCUUCUCAGGUGCUUUUUCCUGGGGAAAUGAUUCUUCAGGAUGCCAAAUAUUUUUCGUUCAAAUUCUUAUCAGAGAAUCGUGCGUCUAAUGAGAUAUUUGAUAAAUGGAUCAUCACAAAAGAUUUAAUUGGCGAGGUGAGUUACGCGUUGGAUGUGCCUUGGUAUGCAAGUUUACCGAGAUUGGAGACAAGAUUUUACAUAGAACAAUAUGGUGGUGAAAACGUUGUUUGGAUUGCAAAGACACUUUUCAGGUUGCCUAGUGUGAACAACGAGAUUUAUCUUGAACUUGCCAAAUUGGAUUACAGCAAGAGUCAAGCAGUGCACUCUGCAGAAUGGGAGAAAAUCCAACGAUGGCACUCGGAAACAGGAUUGGAGGAUUUUGGAGUGAGCAAAGAGAGUAUUCUCCAAGCUUAUUUUGUGGCAGCAGCUUGCAUAUUUGAACCUCAAAGGUGGUUAGAGCGACUCGCAUGGGCUAAAACCGUAACUUUGAUUCAUGCAUUCAAGUUCCAUAUCAACCAUGAUGAAGCAAGGAAGGUCAUUUUAGAACAACUCAAUAACAACUUUAACAGACAAGACUUGUCAAACAGGAGGCUUGAUAAGAACAACAAAAACGAGCAACUUCUUGGGAUUUUGCUGAUAACUCUUGACUAUCUUGGAUUGGAGUUCUUUCAAAAUCAUGGACAGGAAAUUUCCCAUUAUUUGAAUCAAAUUUGGCAGAGUUGGUUGUUUAGUUGGCAAAAUGAAGGAAGCAGCUCCAAAAGAGAAGCAGAGUUGAUUGUGCAAACUAUAAAUUUAAUGGCUGGUGAUUGGUUACAAGAGCUACAGCUAAAUUCUCAGUACCAAAGAUUACUCAAAGCCACUAACAAAGUCUGCCAUAAGCUCAAAGAUUACCAAAGUGAGAAGGGAAAAAAUGAACUGAGUAUUGCAACCAAACCCACCACUACACCAGAAAUAGAAUCAGAAAUGCAAGAGUUUGUGCAAGUAGUGCUCCAAAAUUCCCAAGAUGGCAUUAAGAGUUCAUUCUUCUUGGUGGCCAAGAGUUUUUACUAUGUUGCAUAUUUUGACUCUCAGACCAUUAUGUCUCACGCUGACAAGUCCUAUUUCAGAAAGUGAUGUAAUAAAUUAACAUAUUUCACUUUUUCAGUGGAAUAUAUAGACCUUGAACCUUUUAAGAUGGGAACCCUAAUAUGCAAUAAAAUAAACCAUCACAGGGAUGGACAUUUUAUA